AUGGCUUCCACCUUCUUCAUCUUUCUCCUCUCCCUUCUCAUUUUUCCCUGUGCAGACCCAAACUACAUUCAUAAAACCUGCAAACUCACCAACCACUACCAUCUUUGCCUCUCCUUUCUCAACUCCAACUCAACCAGUGCCAAUGUGGUCGGCCAUGGCCUAACACUCAUCAUGAUCAGUGUUGGCACUGCCAAUGCCACUGCGACCUCUACAUAUCUGUCGUCGCAGUCGCUCAGCAGCGCAUCCAAUUACUCCGCUCUAAAGAGGGUGCUUAAAGAAUGUGCCGACAAGUACUCAUUUGCCGGCGAUGCUUUGCAGGAUUCGGCUCAAUAUUUGGUCUUAAAGAAUAAUGAUUAUGUCGCCGUGCACGCAACUGCAGUGGCAGAUUAUCCGAAUGCCUGUCGCAACGUGUUUAAUAGGUUUCCACGGCUGAUUUACCUGUCAGAGAUUGCUCCGAGAGAGGAGAGUUUGAAGGAGAUUUGUGAUGUGAUCUUGGGAAUUCUUGAGCAUAUUGGCUGGUGA